AUGGAGGACGAAUUACGGUGUCCCACUUGCAAACAACUUUUUGCUAAUCCGGUUUUAUUGCCCUGCUUCCAUGCCCUUUGCCUGGGCUGUGCUUUGGAUAUACAGACCCCAUAUACACCUGGGGCCAUUUUAGCUUCCGUCACAGGCGGUGGUUCUUCCUCGUUGAAUGGUGGUACUUUACACAGUGUUGCCGCCACAGUCCAUCCCCACCCAUCGGGUCUAGCUGCUGGUGGUCCCCAUCAUUCACAUCCCCACAAUCACACACAUCCAUCAACCAGACAUUCAUCCAACAGUUCAGCUGCCAGUACAACCAGCUCCGCCACGGGCACUGAAUCCUUAACCUCAGAUCAAGAUCAAUCGGAUAAAGUUAGCAUUCUGAGUGAAGCCGACUCGGGUGUCGUUUGCUGUUCGAACACAUCACGGCCUGUGUCAUAUGCCGGUACCGGACACAUUACCAAUCUUUUGCAGGGUGCUGCUGCCUCAGCUCCCCCCGGUGCCGCUUACAGUCUAACCUGUCCUCUUUGCCGUAAAAUUGUUUUCUUUGACGAAGGUGGUGUUCGCAAUCUGCCACCCUAUCGUGCCAUGGAAUCGAUUGUCGAUCGUUUCUGCGCCCGUGAGGCUCUACGUUGCCAGAUGUGUGAAACAGAUCCCAAAGUGGCAUCAUUGGUCUGUGAACAAUGUGAAAUACGUUAUUGUGACGCCUGUCGGGAGCUAUGUCAUCCAGCGAGGGGUCCCCUGGCCAAACACAAUUUGGUAAAGCCCAAAGGAGCUGCCCAGCAGCGAGAAUCAGUGUGCGGAGAACAUGAAGAGGUUUUGUCAAUGUACUGCCUAACUUGUAAGAUUCCAGCCUGUGCUGAUUGCAUCAAUGAUCAACGUCAUCCACAACAUGAAGUCCAGCCGAUUACAACGACUUGCAAGGCACAAAAGACGGAACUUUCACACAAUCUGCAACAAUUGUCAGAAAAGGCACGCUCCACAACAGAAUUCAUACAACGGCUAAAAGGAAUGAGUGACAAAGUAACGGAAUCCUGCAUAGAAUUCGAGAGACUAGUCACAGCCCAAUGUGAAGCCCUCAUCCAAGCCAUACAUGAUCGUCGUGAAUAUUUAUUAGAGGCCAUACGCAUGGAUAAGGAGACAAAAAUUAGAAUAUUAAAGGAUCAACAAUCAAAUUGUACCGGCAAACUGCAACAGACCACUGGCCUUAUUCAAUUCUGUAUUGAGGCCUUAAAAGAGACUGAUAGUGCUGCAUUUUUGCAGGUUGGUUCAAUGUUAAUAAAUCGUGUUGCCAACACCGACAUGACUUGGCAUCAGGAAGUAACAAAUGCUGCCCCAAGAGUAUCUCCCAUUGUGGACUUGACACUGGAUGAUGCUGCCGUUUUAAGAUCUAUUGAUAAUUUGAAUUUCAUUCAAAUGAAACCUGCCAAAGAUGGAGAUGAACGUUUGCCUGCAGCUCCUCAACCACCUGCAAUUAUACCCGAAGAUUGUUCGGCGGAAAAUAAUUCCGUUACUGUGGCGUGGCAGGCACCAAAUCAUUCCUUUGUUGAGGGCUAUGUCUUGGAAUUGGACGAUGGCAGUGGUGGAGAAUUUAGGGAAGUUUAUUGCGGCAAAGAGACCAUUUGCACCGUUGAUGGCCUACACUUUAACUCCAUGUACAAUGCCCGUGUCAAGGCUUUCAAUAGUGCCGGCGAAGGUGAAUACUCAGAACUUAUUGGCUUACAAACGGCUGAAGUUGCCUGGUUUACCUUCGAUCCUGUUCUCAGCGGUGGCCCCGGCUCCGGUCUAAUCUUUAGCAAUAAUAAUGCCACCGUCUCUGUCGAGGGCUGGGAGCAUCGUGUUGCCUUAGGUUCCGUCGGAUUCUCACGUGGCAUUCACUAUUGGGAAUUUACCAUUGACAAUUAUACAGCAGACACGGAUCCGGCAUUUGGCGUGGCACGCAUCGAUGUUAAUCGCAAUAAAAUGUUGGGUAAAGACGAAAAAUCAUUUGCCAUGUACAUUGAUCGCCAGCGUUCAUGGUUCCAGCACAAUUCAGUGCAUGAGCGUCGAGUGGAGGGUGGCAUCAGUACGGGCAGUACCAUUGGUGUUCUGCUCAAUUUGGAACGGCAUACAUUGAGUUUUUUGGUAAAUGGAAUGCCACAGGGUUCGAUUGCAUUCCGUGAUUUAUAUGGGGUAUUCUAUCCAGCUGUGAGUAUUAAUCGUGGUGUCACUUUGACACUGCACACGGCCUUAGAUGCACCGCAAAUGGAUUAUUUUUGA